CUCUGCCUCAGUUGAGGACAGGUAACCGCCCAGUCAACUCACAUCAGAUGUGAGAGACAGGCAGAGGAACAACACGCUCAUCCUCACGUUGUCUACAUCCUGUUUUUAAAAUUGUGUCGUUUCUAGAAUCUUCCAGCGAGCAGACGCAGAUUCUACAGGUUCAACAUAACUGGCAGGUCUUUUCACCAUGGCUCCAAAAGGAGGAACCUGUUUCCUUCUACUGACUCUGGCCUGUACAGCCUUGGCCAUGAGCUCUACUGUGAUGCCUUCAGACUUCAAAGACAUGGCAAAAAAAAUGAUGAGGAAGUGCCAGGAUGAGGGAUAUCCAGUGCCAAAGAUGGCGGUGCUGAAAACUGUCUUCAAUAACAGUGACAUGCCUAUGGAGAACAGAAACACUGGCCAAACCAACACCCUCCUAUCUACCUUCGAGAGCAUCCUGGAUUCAGUCUCUCUCGUCAAAGGCUCACUUAGCCGUCCCCCCUUGGAUGACUCAGAUAAAAUGACAAACAUGAUGAAGAACUGCAGCUAUCUUGCAACCAUGAUCAAGAUGAUGAGGAACUCCUCUGACACAUCUGCGUGUUACAUGCAAGCAUUUAUGGCCCCUCUGUCCUGGAUGACUUUGACCACACAGAGUGAAAAAAACAUGGAGUCAGAUGACUAUGACACACUGCUGUGGGCUGCAAAACCUGCACUGCAGGAUAUGCUUCCUUCAAGAAUGAAACUUCCAGUCCAAGCCGAGCCCCAAAAUGUGAAAAAGAUGAUGAAGAUGCUGCAGGAGAUGUAUGAUCCUAUGUCUGAAGACCAAAACACUCAGGUGGUAAAAUGGGCAAAACAGCAGAUCACCCAGAACUACUUCAACUGUACAAUGACGCCAUUACCUGACUCAAGAUUAAAGCUGAUGGAGACGUGCAAAUCUACAGUGAAAUGGCUGAGCACGGAGGCGUUGACCAUGUUGGGACCAUACCUCUCCCGUUUAGCACCAAACGAUGUAGAUUCUUCUCCCAAAGAAAAGCUUUGUGAAUUUUUCCGUUUGGCCCAGUUCAAAUCCGCCUUAAAAAUGACCACCGCCAUGAACCCAAGCCUGGCCAAGAAGUUUCUCCAAAAAUUUCAAGAGUGCUUCAGUGCGAAGGAGUUUGCACAACAUUUGGACAAGCUCGGCCCACUGGCCUGUUAUUAUUACACAGUGCCAGACCUGUCUCCUGAACUCAGCAAGCAACUCCUCUCUGAACUCGACAACUGCAACAACCCCAGAAUCGAACAGCUGAAGAAUCGCCUUGUCAAGUCUGUGAUUUCAAAGUCCAACACUGCUAAAGCACUACUUGAACUGGGCAGCAGUGUUACCUUGUUGUCACCCAAACAACUGUCCGAAGUCUCUGGCAACGAUCUCAAAGAGAUUCUGAAAAAUCUGGGACCGGCUGUCCAAUGGACACGGGGCCAGCUGCGCGCCCUGGUCAAGAAACAGCUGGGCAAUAUAAAGUGUAAAAAUGUGUCGGGUGAGGAGCUGAAGGCCCUUCAGACAAUUGCAGGAGGUUUGCCAAGGUGUUUGCUGAAGAAGGUGAAAGCCCGGGAGAUCCUGAAUGACACAGAGGCCCUGAGGAACAUCUCCAGGUCGAUGAGGAAGGGGCAGCUGAAGGCCAUGCUGCAGGGGCUCCGUGAGGGUGUGGAUCCCUCAGAACUUGUGCAGAAGUUGGAUGGCGCUUUGCUUCACUGUGUUUCUCUGAGCAACCUAGCCAAAGCAAACAUCACCUCUUUGGACCAAGUGGAGAAUAAAAUGUGGAGUCUGCCACAGGCAGCCUACCUGGCAAAAAAGAUGGACGAUCUAAAGCAGCUUAAAUAUAGAGGGUCAGUCCUUCAGGGCAUAACCUGUAAGAUGAUUGACAAAAUAGCAGACGGUGAUGUGCAACAGAUCGCUCAGGCCAUAGCAGGGAGUUCACAGUGGCUCUCCAAAGUGCAGGCAGGAUGUGCUGCCCGAAAGCUUUUUUCGACUUUGGAGAACCAGAGAGCUGACUUUUUCAAAACCAUCACUUUGAUGGAGAUGGAUAACAUUCCCACAUUCUUACUACUUCAACUGCCGCCUUUGAAGGUGAAGGAUUUGCCUGACUCUGUGUGUCCCGUCUUCCUCAACAAGAUGGAAGAGGCCAACCUGACCUCAUUGCCUCAUCGUGCCCCAUCUCGCCUCGCUCUUGCCCAGAGAGCUCUGCUUUGCCUGGUCAGUGGGAAUGACUUAUCCGGACUGACAACUGAGGAUGUGUCCAGGCUUGGGCCGCUCUUGUGUGAGCUUCAGCCUUCCCAACUGCGCCUCAUGGCCCCCAAUGUCCUCAACUCCAGCCUCCAAGCCAUGGCUUCCUGCCAGCACAUUCCUCAACACCACAGGGCAGAUCUAAUUCAGCUGGUCAACCAGACUUUUGGGGAUGCAUCUGAUUGGUCAGCAGAGACUAUGGAAGAACUGGGUCCGCUCCUCCUUUUGGAUGAUAAUUCCACAUCUGCUCUUCCCAAAAAGCCUUGGAUGAAAGACGUUCUCUAUUUCCUGAAGUCACGCCUGACCCAGACUUCUGAUGCACUGGAAAAGAAAAUCUUUGAUCUCACCACCACCGUCACCACCACCACAUCAAAUACAGUGCGUAAAAAGAGAACAGCCAGCAGUAUCAGUGAUCAUGUUGGCAAUGGCAACAGUAGCAGUAACAGUGGGACUGACAGUGCUAAGGUACCUUCUGUGGAGCUGAUUGAAGAACUGGGAAUGGACAACAUCUACUGGACAGCUGCACAGCUGGAUCAGAUGUCAACCGAGACCUUCCUCGCUACUGUAGAAACACUUGGGAAAAUCCCUGACUACAGCGCAGACCAACUGGCCGUCCUCAGUAAAAAAGCAACUGAGGCCUUUGGCCCAGUGUCAGCAAUGAAUGAGACUGCGGUGACACAGAUGGGCUGUAUAAAUCAGGGCUUCUCCGACGCAGACCUGGAGAAGCUCCCCUUCUCACUGGACACUCUGGAGGAAAUUGACCACUGUGGUUGGAGUGAGUCACAGAUGGAGCCGGUGUGGAAGGCUGUUGCUAAAUACAACAACCUGACAGCGGAGCAGCUGGGAGCAACAGAGAUGGUCUCACUGAGCCAGUUCAUCUGCGGUCUAAACUCCAGAGAGAUCGGACAACUCAACAUGGACGCCUUCAAGGACGCUGUGGGCUCAAUGGAUGGUGUUCAGUGCUCCUUCAAUGUUACACGACAGUUGACAAAUCUCGCUGUGUCCGCAUUUGGAGAUCCCAGCACCUGGACUGAAGCACAAGUGGCUGACCUGGGAAACAUCAUUGCUGGGUUGGAUGCAACUGAACUGGCUGCAUUAGAUGCGUCUGUCUUCUCAUUUAUCAGCAAGUCGUGCAUCCCACUUAUACCAUCAACAAACUUUGCUGCUCUCUCUGCUGCUCAGCUGCAGGCUCUUGGACCUGACAACAUUGCCAUGGUAACCAGUGAACAGCUAGGUGCCCUGGGUUCUGAUCAACUGGCUGCUCUUGAAAGUACCUUGACCGGAGCUCGUGAGCAAACACAAAACUCUGGCCAGUCAGGAGCUCCAUCACUGACUGUCGAGGGGAUGUCGGCUUACAUGAAGCCUCUUCUGUUUCUCCUCACGGGGUUCCUGCUGCUGUGAGAACAGAGCCACCACAUCCUACUGCAAGACUGGCAGGAGCCUAAGCUAACCACACACACACACACACAGAAGUUAUCAUUAUAGUGCACUUUUGACGACAUGUUAUUCUUAUGUUAUUUGUGAUGAAGACAUGUUUCUCGUAGAUUGAUUAUCUGAGCUAAUUUGUGUGUGAGCGUAGGAGUGUGGCUGUAACAACUACAUAACAUAAUCUAAUGACCUGGUAAGAUGUGUAAGGAUUCUUUAUUAUUAUUUUAAAGUUAAGUUUACUUUUAAAUAUUCUGUCUCUAUAUAUUUGUAAGAAAGUAUAUUUUAAUAGAAUGAAGGGGAAUCUGUAAUGUGUGUCCUCCAUAUGGGAUGUCUUUAUUUGGAUAUUUGUACUGACAAAAUGGAAAAUUACAAAUGACUUAACUCAAUAAAGAAUAUUAAUAUACUGAG